CGCCGGCCGCGCUGUGCUCUCUCUCUGUGUCUCGCUACUCACACUACCUCACUCACACACCCGGACCUCACACCCUCACAUCACCGUCGCCUUCACCGCUGUUACUGCUGCUGUACCUCUGUUACUGCUGCUGCUGACAACACUGCUGCUGCUUUUUCAUCACCACUAACAUACACCACAUACAUACACAGCUAGCAGCCGCGGCGCGACCUGACUCCAACCAAACAUAUCUUCCACGGCCUUAACUCGACAAGCCCGCGACUGGUGCUGAUCCCCGCCGAGUACCCUGUCAUCAUUUGGGUGUGUACCCGUCACGCCCACGUAGCGAUCAGCCCCCACCUCUUCAUCCUCCCAGCCACCAAAUUCCUCGCGAGACGCAUCUCCCAUCACCACCAAAAUUUUCACGGCGGCUGAGCAACCCACGCCCAUCUUCUCCUACCUCCCGCCUCCUCCGCAUACCUUCUACCACCAGCCCGCCAAUCUGGAAGUCACACACUUCGACGUUAUGCGUGGCUCCGAUGAGCUGCUGUCGCAGACCGGAGCGGUGAGCAAUGGGUCGGUCAUGAGCCCAGCUCCCAACCACGCCGAUAAUAACAAUGACGCCAAAAAGGUUAAAUUGGACACUAAGAACCCCGGGGCACCGUCCCGCGUGAUACACAUCCGCAAUAUCCCCAAUGAGGUGACCGAGGCUGAGAUCGUCCACUUGGGUAUUCCUUUCGGCAAGGUCACCAAUGUCCUCGUCCUGAAGGGCAAGAACCAGGCGUUCUUAGAAAUGUCCGACGAAGUGUGCGCCACCACAAUGGUCAACUACUUCACUAACUGUACCGCCCAGCUGCGUGGCCGUGCCGUCUACGUCCAGUUCUCUAACCAUAAAGAGCUCAAGACUGACCAGACCCACUCCAACGCGCAGAAUCCUAGUGCACAGGCGGCGCUGCAGGCAGCCCAGGCCCUGGUGAAUCAGACGGAUACUCAGGGCGGCCCCAACACUGUUCUGCGCGUCAUCGUCGAGCACAUGAUCUACCCAGUCACCCUUGAUGUUCUCUACCAGAUCUUCUCGCGUGUCGGCAAAGUGCUCAAAAUCGUCACGUUCACAAAGAACAAUACAUUCCAGGCCUUGAUCCAGUAUCCUGAUGUAGUUACUGCACAGGCAGCCAAAAUGACUCUGGAUGGGCAGAAUAUCUACAAUGCCUGCUGUACAUUACGCAUUGAGUACAGCAAACUGAGCAACCUCAACGUGAAGUACAACAAUGACAAAUCAAGGGACUAUACCAACCCCAACCUUCCAACGGGUGACCCUGCCCUGGAUUCUGCCCUGGCUAUUGGUGGUGCCCCCGGUGUGCUAGCCUCCCCGUUUGCUGCAAUGCAUGGACUCUCGUCGCCGCUAACCGCUGCCUAUGGGGCCUCACCUGCGGGAGUUUCUUCUCUUUCAGCUCCUAAUCUGAACUUACCGAACCGUACUGGCGAGAAUGCUACUCCAACAGGCAUGCCCUUCACAGGUAUGCCUUUGGCAGGAGUAACUCCCACUGCUGCUGCUCUUGGUGCUGCUGGUAUUCGUCUGCCAGGCCAGCCCUCUCCCAACUGUGUCCUGCUGGUGUCCAACUUGAAUGAAGAGAUGGUCACGCCUGACGCUCUCUUUACCCUCUUCGGAGUGUAUGGAGAUGUUCAGCGUGUCAAGAUUCUCUUCAACAAGAAGGAUAAUGCCCUGGUCCAGAUGUCUGAACCACACCAGACCCAACUUGCAAUCUCUCAUUUGGACAAGAUGAAGACUUGGGGUAAGCAGAUCCGAGUGACUUUGAGCAAGCAUCAGACCGUACAGCUUCCCAAGGAAGGACAGCCAGAUGCUGGUCUCACCAAGGACUACAGCAAUUCUCCUCUCCACCGUUUCAAGAAGCCAGGCUCUAAGAACUACCAGAACAUUUACCCCCCUAGUGCUACUUUGCAUCUGUCCAACAUCCCACCCACUGUCGAUGAGGAACAAAUUAAGGAAGCCUUUACUCAUGCAGGCGCUUCUGUUAAGGCAUUCAAGUUCUUCCCUAAGGACAGGAAGAUGGCCCUGAUUCAGCUUGGUUCAGUAGAGGAAGCCAUUGCUGCACUCAUUAAAAUGCACAACUUCCAGCUGAGCGAUUCCUCUCACCUACGUGUGAGUUUCAGCAAGAGCACCAUAUAAACAGCCCAACCAUUACAGCAGGUUGAGGGGUACCUCCCUUGGGAUCAAACAUCUGCAGGAACUAAACAUCCCAGGGCCAAGUGAACCCUGAGGCACAGUCCUAAGGAAAUGGGAUCCCAGGGUUAAUUUAUCCCACUUGCCGGCAGCCUGGAUGGAACCGGCACUUUUUUACCUUAAGGGCAUGGCAUUUUUAUUAAUAUAAUUAUACCUAGCUUAACCAAAUGUGUUACACUGUAAGGAGGCAGGACCUAGAAAUAUUUACGUACAAGUGAGAGAGAUGAUAAAUGAGCUAAUUCAGGAAGAGAUACAAUUUAGCUAAUGGAACUCAAUUUGGAGUUUAAUUUUAUUUUGUGUACCCACACAUGGUUUGGGUAUUUGGGUGACCAAUACCUGUGUACAUUUUGCUACAAGUAAAUUCUGCCGGACAGCCUGAAUGUCUUUUGUAUGUAAGGUGAAGGUUUACACAGUAUUAGGGGUGGUCUUGCCCCAGUUGUGGGUGAGAGUAGACCUCUGGUACUAGUAUUACUGCAGUGGUUCCUCGUGCUCUCUGAGAUUGCCAAGGACUUAGUGUUAAACCUCAGCUAGCAUGAGCCAGAAUUGAUUCUUUUUAAAACAUGGUAGCUCUUUUUAUUUUAAGUGUUUUGCAAGUGAUACAUGUUAGAGCUAGAUUGUGUAAGAAUAAUUGAAAUUUGGGGAGAAGAGAUGAGGCUAAAUUAUUAUUAAUGAAAAGUAGCCAUUAAAAUUCUCACACAAUUCAUAUUUUCGGACAAAAUGGAGGACCUAUUAUAGAAGUGUUAAUAUGGUAAUUUAUCUCACAAUGUCAGUGUUAUGAAAGUAUAUAUUUUUGCAUUUUUGACGUCUCCAAAGUGUAAACUGAUAUCAAUCCUUUUCUUGAUCAACUCUUCCGUCUGGGAUUUUUCUCUUGAUCAUUCCAACUUUGAAAAAGUCUUCUUUACCAUUUGCUCGAUGAUUCCAAUGUUUGUAGGGUAGGCAGACAGGGGCUGUGGUUGUUGUGCCCAGUUUUAAUACAAGCAGUGACUGGAACAGCUGAUGCCAAUUAUUAUUGUCCUCCUGUACCUUGAGCGGCGUGUGGGAUUGGCAGAUUGUGGUUGUAACAAGCAGUAGUUGGUCAUUUGGUCCCUUCUGAGGGUAACCAGAGGAGACUGCAGCUGUAGCUGUGAGUAUAGGUGAUUUGGUGUAGGAUACUUAUGACGUUACCUGUGAAGUUCAUGUACAAGCUGCCCAUAAGUAUUCCUAAUGUAUAUCUAAACUGAAGAGUAGGUUUACCUUGUGCUAACCUCUUGAAGACUGAGAGUUGACUCAAGGUUUGCCUAAGGUAGCACGUUAGCUAGGGGCAGUGAGCGGACUGUACCUGAGCGGGCUUCUCCCCCACCCCUCUCUGCCACCUGGCCAGUCUGUGGGUGGGCUCUCCCCCCCCCAUGUCGUGGCAUUCAUUAAUUGUUGUUCAGUGUAUGUAGCCAAUAGGAAAUUUGAUUAGCUUUUAUUAAUGAUGAUAUACAAAGUAUUAUUUGUUAUUUAUCUAAAAAUUACCUAAAAAAAAAAUGCAAGAAGCACAAAGGUUGAGCCAUGCACCCAGGAAGUUGGCAGUAUCUCAUAGCUGGUUGCUGGAGGGCAAGGCAGUGCACUGUAGCAUUCCCAUCAUCAUCACUUGCUUCCCGUCACCCCCAUGCCAGGAGGGGGGAGGGGGUUCCCCCUUUUUCUCCCUUUAAAUCCCUAAACUAAAACUUUUGCAUGCAUAAGAAUGUCAAGGUUCCCUCUCUUCCCAUGCUCUCUCUCCUAGAAAUGUCACAUAACAGUAUUUCUACAGGGCUUUAAAUUAGAAGCAAGUGCCCCUGCCCCCCUGACAACCCAACACUAGUGUCCCAUCUGUCUGAAACUUGCGACAAGACAAUCCCAGAAAAAACUUCUUAGGCAUCUAGUGUGGUACACAAGGUCUAUAUAAUUACUCAAGACCUAGAAGUGAGUUAUUGACUCGUAAUUCUGGGCACAUGUAUGCCAAGUAGUGUAGUUUGAAGUAUUUUUUGUAAAGCUGAUUAGGAGCUUGGAUGAGGGUGUGCUCUACUAAGAUCGAAGGGUAUCACCAGAUCAACUGCUAAAUUGGACCACACUGGGAAGGCUAGUAAACACUAAUUUGCACAUAUCAGUUUCAGAGACUAUUUUUGUACAACUGUGGUGCCUUUCUAUGUGAUAUUCACAGUGUGGCACACGUCGGUCAUUGGUCAGCUCGGACAUACUUUGUGGAUGUGGUAGCGAGCAUAAGGAAAACUUUACUGAUGUGGUAGCGUGAGGAAAUGUUGUACCCUGUACUCUCUGCCUAGACCUGCUGCGUCCUUGUAUUCAUCAAUUCGACCUACUCCAACUUCCUUGGGUGCAGUCAAGCAACUAUUUUUACAUCUACGUGUGUAGAACUUGUAUUUCCUGUUUAAAUCACGUGUAUGUCAUGAUGAUGAAAGUAAAAGAACGUCAUCUACUUUCUCCAUUUUAGAAGAUUCAAUCUAGCUGAUGGUCUCUUUCUCAAGUUAAACUCAAGGGUCUCACUUUAUCAUGCUAAUUCAAUUUCCCUUUGAGGUGGCAUCUUGCCUAUGUCAGCCCUUUUCUGGAGACCUUCGCAAAGGCCACAGCCCAGUUGAUCCAUUAGACUAAUGAGGGUUAUCCCGCCUGCACACACACACACUUCCCAAAAUGGCCGCUGACACAACAUCUGCUGAGCUGUUUCAAUGUUGACUGAAACACUUGAGAAAAAGGCCUAGAAGUUUUGUGCCUCAUACUUGUAUUUGGAGGGAACAAAGUACCUUUACAUUACUCUUCUGAUAUUGUAAUAUUUCUUAGAAGUGUGUAAUUUUCUCUUUUCCCACUGCUUCGAUGUAACCGACUUGUAUACUUUACUACUCUUGCAAUUGUAUCUAUGAUUAUCAUUCAGAUGUGCUCCCCAGGUUUAGCCCAAGAACUGCUUUUAGAAUUCACUUUUAAUGACAGGUUGCACAAACUAUGAAAUGUGUUUGAUUAUAUAUGACUUGUUUCAAAGAAUUUAGGAAACUCUAAUUGUAAUUUAUAUAAAUCUGACACUAGCAGUAGGGCUUGAACCUGGUGCCACUCCCGCAUGACAUCUACUGAAACAACAGAUGUGAUCCCAUAUCUGGGAAGCGGACUUCUUAAAACUCUGGAGGGAUCACCAUCGCCAGAAAGACAGCUGAGUUGUGCCUUGACCAGCUUUGCAUCAACUUUUUACUCGUCAGUGCUCGCUCGCUCGCUCACCAGACCCACCUCUCCUUCACCUCCUGGCUGUCAGGGCUUAAACUCACAACAGUGCACCCUUAGAGAUUACAAGAGUGCGACGUAGCACUACAAAAACACCUAUAUGAAACAAAUUAGACGUAGCCCAGUACAGAUCAGGCCUCGUAAAGGGAGGGGUAGGCACAGCUAAGGGUAGGGUGCUAGACCAACUCUCCUAUUGCACCUUCUUUAGUAAGGCCCACAAUAACUUCAUGUAUUAAUCUGUAUUCUUGAAAUCCAAAUGGUUUUAAAUUAAUUGUUUUUAUUGUGAAUGUGGAAAUGAUGAGUGUUCAUGCAUAUUUUCUGCAUCUUAUUCCAGGAUGAUAUGAAACUGUCUAUUUUGUGUUGACAUUGCUAGUUCCAUUACGGACUGUCAUGGUAUUAGGCCGACAGACACCAUAUUUGUCUAUGUGGAUGGAUCUGAGCAACAUGAGCCAGGUACUGUGUUUAAGCAUUAUCAUUUUGUAAUAAAUAUGUAUUUCGAUA